ACGGGGCUGACGUUUUGAAGGAGAGACUCACUACUGUAGUCUAGCAUCCAUCGUCCAUUUAUUCAUUCAUUCAUUCAUCAGUCAACAAAUCGACCAAUCGACCAACCGGCAGCCGUAGCUGUCUAUCAAUCAAUCAUCGGCCAAACUCGCUACGUCGCCUCUGCGCCCGCGCCCUCGCCUGAUUCCUAGCUUCCCGACUGAUUCGCGACGAUACAUGGUUGGCACAUGAUGCUCCAUCUGCCUUGACCAACUCCCACUAGCACCAACGAGUACACGCAUGCGCAUGUCAUUGGCAUCAAAGAACUUCCCACCGUUGCGCUCUCACAUCCUCAAACGAGGACCGGGCCAGGAUGGAUUCCUCUCAGAAUUCCGUACAUGAGCAGUCGCCUGCCGAAGAAAAGAAGACGAGCCGACGCCCCGCCAAUACCGCCUUUAGACAACAACGACUGAAGGCCUGGCAACCCAUCCUCACACCUAAAAAUGUCAUCUGGAUCUUUUUCGUCCUGGGCGUCUUUGCCGCUGUUGUUGGAGGACUGCUGAUCUAUGCUAGUCGUUUGAUCUCCUCUAUCGAGCUCGAUUACACAGACUGCGGAGCAAAGGCGACAAAUGACUGGACCCCGAUGCCAUCAAACACCGUCAACUCGUACUGGCGGAACAGCAACGGGUCCGCCACUGUAAUUGCUCAGUGGAAGAAGACUACCGACGUCAACCAUACCUACGACAACUUUGAGGUCACUAGCCUCACAAACUGCAGUAUUCAAUUCAACAUCGUGCAAGACAUGAGUGCGCCAGUGAGAGCCUAUUAUAAGCUCGACAACUUCUACCAAAACCACCGCCGCUAUGUUGCGUCCUUCAACGCCGACCAGCUCCUGGCCAAAUCGGUCAGCACUUCGACCCUCGACAACACAGACUGCCCUCCCCUCGCCACUGAGGAAGUAGUCGAAGAAAACGGUGAGAAAAAGGUCCGCCAGAUCUACCCCUGCGGCCUAAUCGCCAACUCCCUUUUCAACGACACCAUCGGCCGUCCCGUGCGCUUGGGAGUCUCAGGAGACAACGAUACCCGCACGUACAAAUGGAACGAGAAAGGCAUUGCUUGGGAAGAUGACAUGGCACUGUACAAAAACCUAGAAAACCCAGACUACGAUCUUAUUAUCCCACCUCCCAACUGGCGCAAGCGCUACCCCAACGGAAGAUACGACGAGGACCACCCACCACCAAAUAUCAAGGAGGACGAACACUUUAUCUCGUGGAUGCGCACCGCGGCCCUACCCUCGUUCUUCAAGCCAUGGGCCUUCGGCAACGAAACCCUGCUCGCAGGCAAUUAUCAAAUAGACAUCGUAGAUAACUUCAACAUGACCGACUACAAAGGCCGGAAAUCCCUCGUAAUCACCACUACCGGGCCCCUCGGCGGCAAGAAUGAUCUCCCCGGUAUCCUAUGGCUCGCUCUAGCGGGUUUCUUCAUCGUCAUGUCCCUCUUGUUCCUCGCCGGAAGCUUCCUGCGGCCCAGGAAGCUCGGCGACCACACCCUUCUCUCCUGGAACAAGGAAAGCAACUCUGCUGCCAAGGGCAAGGGCAAGGCCCCCGCUGGUCCCAGCGUUGGCAUGAGCACUUCGCGGGAUCUAUAAGACAGCGAGGAUGAGGAUGAGAGUGAAGAGUGAAGAGCGAAAGCAAGUAAGAAGGAGAAACUAGGGGGUUUUACGGCGUUUAAUACGAUAACGGCAUGGCGUUCUUUCUUUCUUUUUUUUCCUUUUGAAGGUUUGACUAUUUGGGUAACCUAUAUUCUUUAUGUGGCGAAAUCACUGCACUGUAUUGUAUUAGAAACUGAGUAAAGCAAAUGUGAGAAAUUAACUGAAAAAAAAAAAAAAAAAAAACAC